CAGGCAGUUGAUAAACAAACCGAACAAAAACACGUGCACGUUCCGGAUUGUCUCCAUCAAAUUUCAAGCAAAAAGUCCGCCGAAAUGCCGGACAAGAUCGGCAUCUACGACGUGGGCGACCACUACGAGCCGUCCGAGUCGGAGGGUGAGUACGAUGAGCGAGAGCAGCGCCUGCUGAAGGACAUCCGGGAUCGUCGCGGCCGGAAGGCCGCUAAAGACGACGAGGAAGAGGUGCUCGGAUUCGACGAUGAAGAGGAAGAUUACGACGACGAGGAUGAUGAUGAUGAGGUUCAAAAGUUCGAGCACGACAGUGACAUCGAAGACAAGGAGGACGAUGACGAUCUGCCGAACCGGAAGGCGUGGGGUUCGAAGGCGCGCGGGUUCUACGGGGCGGACUACGUGGACCAGGAUUACGACAGCUUGACGGCGCAGGAGGAGGAGCGCGCCCAGCUGGAGGAGAUUGAGGCGAAGGAGAUUCAGCAGCGGCUGGCGAAGGAGCUGAACGAGGCGGACUUUUCGUUGGAUGUGUUUGUGGCGGAACCGGAAGCCGGGAGGGAGGGUAAGAAGAAGAAGGAUAAGGGGGAGAUUAAGCUGAAGACGGAUUUGUCCGAUUUGAGCGAGCGGCAAAAGAGGGAACUUUUUAGGAAGGAGGCGCCGGAGUUUGAUGGGCUGGUUGAGGAUUUUGAAAAAAAUCUGGUUGAAUGCCAGGACACGAUGGAACCGGUUCUGAAGUACUUGAAAGAGCACGGAGUGCAGGAUCAUCCAUUUGUCAGCUUUUUGAAGACACGGUAUGAUCUUGCCUUGAGCUAUUGCAACAACAUCAGCUUCUAUUUGCUGCUGAAGUCGAAAAAGAUCAAGGUGAAAAAUCAUCCGGUCGUAAAACGGAUGGUCCAGAUGAAGCAGCUGCUGCUUGAACUUGACCAAAAGUACGAAACUUCCAUCCAAUCACAAGUUGAACAAAUCCUAGAGCACAUCGAGUCCGGAGAGGAACUCAUCUUCGAUGACCAACCUUCGGCGGACAAACCCAAAAAGGCGAAAAAGAAGCUGGCCAUGCUGCGCAACCUGGAAGCCUCCGAGGAACCGGAAGACGAAGACCAGUCAGAGGAAUCAGACGAGGAUGACGACGACGACGAGCAACCCACCACGAAAAAGCUCCGCUUGGGCAGCGACUCCGAAGAGGAACAGCAGGAAGACGACGAGGAAGCGGAAGUGGUGCUGGACAAGGACGGCAAGCGCAAGAUCACGUACCAGAUGGCCAAGAACAAGGGUCUCACGGCGCACAAGCGCAAGGAGCAGCGCAACAUCCGCGUCAAGAACCGGCGCAAGUUCCAGAAGGCGCUGGUGCGACGCAAGGGCGCCAUCCGGCCGGUCAAGACGGAGACGACGCGGUACGCUGGGGAGGCGGGCGGAAUCAAGGCAUUCGUCAAGCGCAGUGUCAAGCUCAAAUAGGCGCGCGCGCGUUUCGCGUGUACUCUACUCUUUAUUUGUUACAAUUUAUCUGAAGAAUACAACAUUAUAUUCUGCGGUAGCUCUAAAUCAA